AACACUUCCUGUCGAGUAUUCUCGAAAGUGCCCGGACUGCUGUCGGCUCACUUCAGAACUUACCGGAUAUAAUUCGAAUUUGACGUGACGCUGCGGAUCGGGUUAAAUUCCAGUAGCGAUCGAACUAUUAAAUUAUGGAUAAUAUCGUAAUUCACAAAUACUACCGUUCCUAUGGAUACAGCAUAAGCUCACUGUUAUAUAGAUUUUUAAUUGCCGAUAACGACCUGAGGACCUAUUUCCAUUUGAAUCUCUAUUACGGAAUCCUAACGACUCUUUUAUGCCUAUUUGCUGUCGUAGUAAUAACCUGUUCGAUAGCCUACUCGAGCGCCGCGGACGGCGACGAGAAAAUCUUUUACGACACACAGAAGGAAACGAGGAAGAUAUUACCAAGGAGGGAAAGUAUCCUGGACAUUAGGCCAGCUUACACGUGCAUUCGUAAACACCUGAAGCAGACGGAGAUAUUUCAGGAAAAAUGUGAUAAGACGCUGCGAAAGGAGCAACUGGAAAUUGAAUUAAUGAAGGGCAGAGUAUCGUGCAUUAAUAAGCUCUUGAAACCAGAGGCACAAUCCCAGUGGAGAAGGUCGAGGUCACCGAAGGUGUUCUGCCGCAUUGUAAAUCCCGUAACGUCGUCGGCAUAAACGAAACUCAAACGCGUAUGUAAAGCACGAAUAACUUGACUGAAACUCGCGCGAGUUAAGUCGCUUUGUAAUUUCACUGCGUACGACACAGCUAACGUAAUUUUUACGAGGUUAUGUAUAUCCGUUGAGUUUUCUUUACCGAUAAGCUAACUUUUACCAAUCGGGUGGCGCCACCGUGACUACGUGAACUCGCCAUGCAUAAUGCAUCGGUGGCCUUAUCGGCGCGACGGGUAAAAUUAAAAGAAUGAAAAGGUAUGGGUGCAGGGGAUAGGGGGUUAAAGGAAAAAUAAAGAAAUAAUAUAAAACGUGGAAAAUGAUAUAAAACCUAGAGUAGAGUAGGUUACGUAUAACAUGUAGUGUAAAGAUAAGUUUAACGCCUGCGAGAACGUCUCUCUCUCUCUCGCUCUAGGAAACGUCAUACUCGAAAAAUUUCCAAUUUUCACGUAUCUCGAUAUAUGUCCUGGAAAGUUUUCAGUUGUUCAAUGUUUUUAGCAGUGUCUUUUCUUUUCUCUUUUCUUUUGGUAUUGCAGCAAUGCUUUCUCAUGUUCUACGUUUUACACACGUCCUUGCCAUCCUUGGCCGUUCUAACUUCUCACACUCGGUACUCUCGGACCUUCUCGCACAUAACACAAAACGAUUCUCGAAGUGAUCGAUAAACAAGCUGACGUGUGAGGCUUUUUACUUUGGCACGUUCGCUCUUUUAAAGUUUUUUGGUUGGAAAAAGUUUCAUCCACUAUGUAAGUAAGGCUUCGCAAUGAUAUUAAACACUUUCGGAAAGCUUUUAAAAAACUUCCCCUGCUCGCCAUUUUCAUAUUCAAAAGGAGAAACGGCGAGCCUGUUGACGAAUCUCUAGAAAUUUCACGUAUCUACGAAAUUUGUUGAGAAAAAUAUUUUUUUUUUCUACCCACAUGAUACUUGCGUAUUUACUAUCUUAUAAAUUCGCAUUUUAGUCAUUAUAAAUUAAAAGCAAAUUUAUCGUAAAAAAAUUAAACGGCUUCGAAAAAAUCUCUAUCGUUGUAACGAAAAGAAUAAAUUUGUACAAUCCUGAAUUUUCGGUUUAUACUUGUCAAAACUUAUGCUAGCAUUGGAAAAUUUAAACCCGAAUUUUCAUCAACAUAAUAUUCAUCACAUUCAUCGUAUUCAUCCUUUGAUAUAUGAACUCGGAGACGAAUCACGAUGACAUACCAAAGUUAAUUUAUUAUUAAAUGAUCAUGAACUACCAUUUUGAGAGCCGAGUGAAACUUUGAUUUCGGUUCUGUUGGAUGAAGCGGUGCAAACCGCUACCAAAUUAGAACUCUAAUUAGAAUCCAAACCCCAUUGUACUCGAUGAAUUUUAAAUGGGUUCAUAUAGAGUCGUAAUAUCUCCAAUUAAGAUAAUUAAAUUCGAUAUUGUCAUCGAUUUUUUUUUUCCAGUAACUCGAUAAGCUUUAAAUAUCAACCCAGGUUGAGAUGGGUCAGGUCACGUUUCUUUUUCCAAUUCCCAAUUGUCCACCCGUCCAAAUUUAGGCACUGAAGCAUAGUUACGUGUUUUUAUAUAAUAUUACGCAAUCGAAUACGUAGCUAGUAAACAAAGGCAUGUCACAAUUUAUUCAUACGUAUAAAA